AUGGUCGCCAUAGGGAGCCUUCUCUUUUGUGAUGCUUGUGGCUCACUGCUCCCUCGCAUCGUGCCAGGGGAGAACAAGGACGAUCUGGUCAAAUGUGACGACUGCUUCCAAUACACCCGAGACACCUCAUCCAAAAUAAUAACGUCCGCUUCCAAACCCAGCGCUUUCCCUUCGGCAUUGCGAUCUAAACAUUCCGAGGUGCAGAGCAUCAACGCUGAGGAUCUACAGGUGGAAGCCGUCAUAGCUCGAGAUUGCCCUGCCUGUCAUCGCUCGGAGAUGUUUUAUCACACCAAACAACUACGAAGCGCCGAUGAAGGCACAACAGUCUUUUACAGAUGUGAAUGCGGAUACAAGGAUGUUCAAAACAACUAA